AUGCACUGGACACCGGAACACGCCCAGCCCCUCAACCAGUGGCCAGAGCAGCACCUGGACGUCUCCUCCACUACCCCGUCGCCGGCCCACAAGUUGGAGCUGCCCCCUGGGGGUCGCCAGCGCUGCCACUAUGCUUGGGCACACGACGACAUCUCUGCCCUCACGGCCUCCAACCUCCUCAAGCGCUACGCGGAGAAGUACUCAGGGGUCCUGGACUCGCCCUACGAGCGCCCCGCGCUGGGCGGCUAUGGCGACGCCGCCUUCCUCAAUGGCGCCAAGGGGGACCCCGAGCCCUGGCCAGGGCCCGAGCCCCCCUACCCCUUGGCCUCACUCCACGAGGGCCUCCCGGGAACGAAGUCGGCCAGUGGGGGCGGCUCCGGGGGCCUCGGGGGCUCGCCGGUUUUAUCCGGGAACCUAGCUGAACCCCUCUACGCCGGCAAUGCGUGCGGGGGCCCGUCGGCGGCGCCCGAGUACGCGGCGGGCUACGGCGGGGGGUACCUGGCCCCCGGCUACUGCGCGCAGACUGGCGCCGCGCUGCCCCCGCCGCCCCCCGCCGCGCUACUGCAGCCCCCGCCUCCACCGGGUUACGGCCCGUCGGGGCCUCUGUACAACUACCCCGCGGGGGGCUACGCCGCUCAGCCCGGAUACGGGGCUCUCCCGCCGCCCCCGGCCCCGCCCCCGGCCCCCUACCUGACCUCUGGCCUGGCGGCGCCCACGCCCCUGCCCGCGCCUGCUCCGCCCCGGCCGGCGCCCACCUCCUACAGCUUCCAGGCGGCCGCUCCCGGCGCCGAGGCCGGCGUGUCGCUGAAGCGCAAGGCGGCCGACGAGGGCGCGGAGGGCCGCUACCGCAAGUACGUCUACGAGCCGGCCAAGGCCCCGGCGGCCGACGGCGCCUCCUAUCCCGCAACGGACAACGGCGACUGUCGGGGCAACGGGUUCCGGCCGAAGCCGCCGGGCGCCGCGGAGGAGGCGUCUGUCAAGUACGGUGGCGGCGUCCCCCUCAAGGUCUUGGGCUCUCCCGUCUACGGCCCGCAACUCGAGCCCUUUGAAAAGUUCCCGGAGCGCGCUCCGGCGCCGGCUCCCCGCGGGGUCUUCGGAGUGCCGUCGGGAGAGCCCCCCAAAGGCCUUGACCAAGGUGCCUGGGCACCAAACACUCAGGCGUAG